UUAACCUGCGAUAAGAAGAGCUCUCAACCGCAAUUACACUUACUCUCAAUUUCACUCCUCCCUCUCCACGCAGUUUCAGAGAGUAUUUUUUUCCCGACCGAAAGUCAUUAAAUUGUUUUUGUACCGAGCGCUGGCAUUGAAAAAUCUGGAGUUGCUCCGAUCGCGAUCAAGAACAAAUGCAGAAAUUAUGGAUUUUGGCCUUGGCCAUUCUAGCCAAGAUUUUCCUAGGCCUUGGCCUUGGCCUUGGCAUGGGACCUGAGCUGGCCUUGCACUUGGCUCCCGACACUCUACCGGAUGUGCAAGAGGAGGCUGCUCGAGCGGUGAUCCAGAGAGUGAUUGGUCCGCGGUCCUCUCAGCUUUUUUUGGUGGAAGUCAGCCGACUCUUGGAUUUUCGCAGCUUUCAGAUUAGCAUGCUGGACAGCGGGCAGAUUCUUAUAGCCGGCUGGGAUGGCGUGUCCGUGUGCAAGGGAUUCCAUCAUUAUCUGAAGUACGUGCUGGAGCGUGAUGUGGACUGGUUCAAGAUGCGCAUCGAACUACCGACGAACCUGCAACUGCCUAAUGUCACCAUCCGAUCAACAUCAACAACCAUAUUGUACCACCAGAAUGUGUGCACCUGGAGCUACAGUUUCGCCUGGUGGGGAUUCGAGCAGUGGAGACGGCACAUCGACUGGAUGGCCAUGAUGGGCAUCAGUUUGACCAUAGCCCCCGUCCAGGAGGCCGUAUGGCAGGAUGUGUACACUCAGCUGGGACUCAGCGGCGCAGAGAUCGAGGCCCAUCUAGCCGGACCAGCUUUUCAGGCGUGGCAGCGCAUGGGCAACAUUCGCGGCUGGGGCGGACCCCUUAAACCUGAGUAUCAGCGCCUUCAGGAACUGCUGCAGCAGCAUAUCCUGCGUGCCCAGCGAGACUUGGGAAUAAGCGUAGCUUUGCCUGCUUUUGCUGGUCAUCUGCCCACGGCUAUGCGUCGAAUCUAUCCGAAUGGAAACUACACAGAGGUAGAGCGAUGGAAUAGUUUUCCAGAUCCCUACUGCUGUGGGCUGUUUGUCGACCCACUCGAUCCUCUCUUUGACCUGGUGGCCGCACUCUUCCUGCGGCGCGUGGUUCAGCGCUACGGCUCCAAUCACAUCUUCUUCUGCGAUCCCUUUAAUGAACUUCAGCCACCGGUGGCAGAGCCCGAUUACAUGCGAUCUACGGCCGCGGCGAUACACAACUCCAUGAGGAGUGUUGAUCCGGAGGCUGUGUGGCUGCUGCAGGGCUGGAUGUUUGUGAAGAACAUCUUCUGGACGGACGCCAUGAUGGAGGCCUUUCUGACCGCGGUGCCCAUUGGUCGCCUGAUCGUCCUGGAUCUGCAGAGCGAGCAAUUCCCCCAGUACCAGCGCACCGACUCCUACUACGGCCAGCCGUUCGUGUGGUGCAUGCUACACAACUUUGGCGGCACCCUGGGCAUGUUUGGGUCUGCCGAUCUGGUCAACAACGGCAUUGAGGCGGCACGGCGCAUGCCCAACAGCAGCAUCGUUGGCGUUGGCAUCACACCGGAGGGCAUUGGCCAGAACUAUGUGAUGUAUUCGCUUGUCCUGGAGCGGGGUUGGAGUGAGCUUCCCUUGGAUUUGGACAGCUGGUUCAAGCACUUUGCACGGACACGCUAUGGCGUGGAUGAUGAGGGUCUGCAGCAGGCCUGGCAGCUGCUGAGGCACAGUGUUUACUCCUUCCGCGGGUUGCAGAAAAUGCGAGGAGGAUACACGGUGACACGGCGGCCGGCACUCAAUCUGGAUCCCUUCACCUGGUACAACGCCUCCGAUGUGCUGGAGGCUUGGAAGUUGCUACUGUCAUCGCGGGCCAUCAUACCCCUAGAAGAUGACAAGUAUGCGAUCUAUGAACACGAUCUAGUGGACAUUACGAGGCAGUAUUUGCAGAUCAGCGCCGAUCAGUUGUACGUUAAUCUGAAGUCGGCCUAUCGAAAGCGGCAGGUGGCACGCUUCGAGUACCUGGGCUCCAAGCUGCUGCAGCUUUUCGGCGACUUGGAGCACAUCCUGGCCAGCGGCUCGAAUUUUCUAUUGGGCACCUGGCUGGCGGAUGCCCAGCGAGCAGCUCCCAACGCUGCGGACAAGCCAAAUUUUGAGUUCAAUGCCCGCAACCAGAUUACGGCGUGGGGACCAGAUGGCCAGAUCCUAGACUAUGCAUGCAAGCAGUGGAGUGGACUCGUUUGGGAUUACUACAGGCCGCGUUGGGCACUCUUUCUGGACGAUGUGACUCUGGCUCUGCACUCGAAUCGGACAUUCAAUAGCACCGCCUUCAAGCUCCGUGUGUCGCAGGAGGUGGAGUUGCCGUUCAGCAACAAGUCUGAUGUUUACCCACUGGAGCCCAUGGGCAAUACUUGGUUAAUCUCCCAGAAUAUCUACGAGAGGUGGAAGGAAUACCUGAAAGACACGCAAUUUCUGCACAAUAAUCGCAUAUCUGUAAACCUCAAGUUGGGUGUCCAAUGAACACUUGAAAUAUUUCAACCAUUUAUUUAAUACAAAAAUUUUUUUUGA